AUGUCUAACGAAACUCUCAACACGGCAAGAUCUUUGGUUAAAGAAUCUCGAUACGAUGAAGCUGAACCUCUUUAUUUGCAAUUGAUUAAUCGUACUCCUCCUUCCGAUGUCAAUUCCAUUGAAGCUAUGGAUUAUAAAAAUAUUCAAGAAGCUUGUAUUCUAGAAUUGGCUCAAUUAUAUGCUGAUCAAAAGAAUUCUGCAAAAUUAAAAGAAUUUAUACCUCAAUCGACUGAACAUAUGACCUUAUUUGCCAAAUCUAAAACUGCAAAAGUUUUGAAACUUUUAAUUGAAAAAUUCCAACAAGUACCAGAUUCUCUUGAUGAUCAAAUUUCAGUCUGUGAAAACGCUAUUGAAUUUGCCAAAAGAGAAAAGAGAAUCUUUUUAAAACAUUCUUUAACGAUCAAAUUAGCUACAUUAUUAUAUUUGAAAAAAAAUUAUAUUCAGUCAUUAAAUUUAAUCGAUACAUUAUUAAAAGAAUUUAAAAAAUUAGAUGAUAAACCUUCUCUAGUAGAUGUUCAUCUAUUAGAAUCAAAAGUUUAUCAUAAAUUAAGAAAUUUACCCAAAUCUAAAGCAGCUUUGACUUCUGCAAGAACCGCAGCAAACGCUAUCUAUUGUUCCACCUCUACAAUGGCAGAAUUAGAUAUGAUGAGUGGGAUCUUGCAUUGUGAAGAUAAAGAUUAUAAAACCGCCUUUUCUUAUUUUUUCGAAAGUUUCGAAAGUUUCCACAAUCUUUCCACAAUAGAUUCAUAUCAAAAUGCUUGUCAAGUAUUAAAUUAUAUGCUAUUAUCUAAAAUCAUGUUAAACUUAUUCGACGAUGUUAAUAAUAUCUUAAACGCAAAAUAUACAAAGGAAACUUAUCAAUCAAAAUCAAUAGACGCAAUGAAAUCAAUCGCAGAGGCAUUCAAUAAAAGAUCUCUUUUGGAUUUCAAUAAUUCUAUGAUUCAAUAUAAACAACAAUUAAUAAAAGACGAUUUGAUCAAAUCUCAUUUCAACGCCUUAUAUGAUACUCUAUUAGAAUCAAACUUGUGUAAAAUCAUCGAGCCUUUCGAAUGUGUAGAAAUCUCUCAUAUUUCGAAAAUGAUUGGUUUAGAUGAUCAACAAGUAGAGGGCAAAUUAUCUCAAAUGAUCUUGGAUAAAAUCUUUUACGGGGUUUUAGAUCAAGGAAAUGGUAGAUUAUACAUUUUCGAAACUCCUCAUCAAGAUGCUACUUAUGAUUCAGCAUUGGAUUUAAUUAAUCAAUUGAAUAAAGUGGUAGAUCAAUUAUAUGAAAAGGCUUCUGUAUUGAAUUGA